UUAAUUUCUGCUGACUGCAUCUUUAUAAUAAUCUCAUUUAAACAGCUUUUUAAAGCAUACUAAAAAUAACUUGGUAUCUCUCUCUCUCUCUCUCUCCAAGAAGUUAAAUGCAAAGCUUCCCUUUUCUAAGGCAGGAACUCCAACCAAAAUGUCUGUAGUAGCAAGAAAACCUUCUAAAUACUGGUUUUUUCCACUUACCAUUUAUAAAGCCAUGAACAUUUCUUCUUUUGUAUUUUUCUAUUUACACAGGUAUAAAAGGAUAUGAGUACUCAAUGCCAAUGUUCAGAUCCCUGAAUUUAAAGCACAGCUUCUAUUCCUCGAUCAUCCAUUUUACGUACAAAACAUCUUGAGAGAAGUUACUUCAUUUUUCAGUUCCUAAUAGGUGUUUUAAGUCUCUGAGGACUCAACUACAAAAAAAGCACCUUCUGCAGUUACUGCUCUCUGCAACUAAUUAAUAAGGAUCUCUCUUUUUCAAAUCCCUUAGCUGUACACAAGAUCAAAGCAAAUCUAAGCCUGAGAUGCAACCUCACGGAAAUUCUUCUGGAGUUGUAUAAAUACGACCAGGUGCUUUACCGUAUUAAUGACUAUUUCUUCAAAGUGAACACAACUGUACAGACUGAUGUUGUGUAGGGAUUUAGGAGCUGUUUGCUGAACCUGCAGAUCAAAGAGGAGUUAGCCAACGUAACAUCCUCCAUUUCUGUAAGUGUACUGUUCUCCUAACAUCCUGAAAUUUAAUUUUAAAAGGGAAUCUUGUUAACCAUUCUCGCAGAAAGUUCUGUUGUGUUUCCUUUUCUUUUAUACAGUUUUCAUUCUAAUAUAUGCAUGAAAGACAGAACACUUAGACUUUCAACUCCACACGCACCAGCUGUAACAGAAAAUUUUCCUUCACCAGUAUCCAGGAAGAACACUGACCUUCCCUUCAGUGCAGCUCCUACUCCAAUUAACCAUGCAAGUCAAUACCAGAUGCUGUAAUACAUGGCACUGCACAAAGAAACCACUAGGAUUCAAGUCAUGAAACUUUAUCAAGCUCUUGGAGGAUUUUGGUCUCAUAAAAGAGCUUACAAAUCACCUAUCAGAAGAGGUCAGGAUAGAAGAUACACAUUCUUAUUUAUGUUGUAAAUCUCUAUAUAUCCAACAUGUUUUGAACCGUGGUCUUAGAAAUGUAAAAAUUAGAUUCUAGACUGAUAUAUAGCAAACGCAAAUUUGGCAACAGGUUCUUGACCAUCUUUUGUGGAUGCCCUAGAUGUACUUCACAAGCCCUCAUGGGUCAAAAAUCGUUGCACUGUGAAAGAAAUACAUGAAAGUACAGGCUCAGAGGAGACCAUCUAAGUCAGAACAAGAGAGAACUAGAAAUUCAAAACCAACUUUUUGAAUCAGGCAACUCCUGACCUAAGUGAGAAACUUCCCAUAUGUUAUCAAAACACACAUAAAAACAUCACAUUAAUUUUACCAUGCUUCAACAACCACAAAGUUAUAACCAGCAAUUUAUUUCUCAAUGUGAAAAUCCAAGCAGCUGCCAGUACUGAAAUUUAAAGAUUUAGUUAUAUUUCUUGCAGGCCUGAACUUCUGCCUCCAUCUGUGUGAUGAAACUAUACAGCAAGACCGCCUGACCUACAGAAGGUGGGUUUUGGGGGUAUUUUUUUUUUCUCACUUUGAGGGUCCUGGUGAGCAAGAGGCUGACCACAAGCCAGGUAUGUCCUCAUGGCAAAGGCAGCCAACAGCCAGCAAAGCUGCGUUAAGCAGAGCACUGCCAGCAGGGCAAGGGAGGCGAUCUGUCACCUCUACUCAGCAUGGGUGAGACACACCUGAAAUACUGGGUCCAGCGGCAGGCUCCUCAGUACAAAAGGGACAACAGGAGAGGCCAGCGGUGGGCCUCGAAGAUGAUUAAGGGAUUGGAGCAUCUCUCCUGUGAGGAAAGGCUGAGAGAGCUGGGACUAUACAGCCUGGAGAAGGCUCAGGGGGAUCACAUACAUCCACAUGCCUAAGUGACUGAUGUGGGCAGUACAGGCAAUGGAGCCAACUUUGCUGCGCGGUGCCCAGUGACCAGACAAGGGACAACGGGCACAAACAGGAAAUCCUCAGAAAAAACUUCACUAUUGUGAGGGUGGUCAAACAGAGAGACUGUGGAGUGUCUGUCCUCGAAGAUAUUCAAGAUCCAACCAGACACAUCCCUGAGCAACCUGCUGCAGGUCACCCUGCCCUGGAGAGUCCCCUGACCUCAGCCACCCGUCAGUCCAGGAAGUUCUGUUCUAAGGACUGUGGCCUUGUGCUGAUUUUGUGGAGGAGGGCCAUUUCCAAAUGAAACACUUUUCUGGGAACACAAACUAAAAUAGACACUUGGUUAAUUAUUAGACUCCUAAUACACGAUGCAGUCCUGCUACUACAUCAGAGCCGGCUAAAAGACUGAACCCUCAACACACCCCACCACACGGACAGCAUAAAGCUGCACCCCUCUAGUACAACAUGUGCAUUUCCAUAGCUCUCCACAGGCACAAGAGGUUUCUGGGGCAUCAACAGGGGAUAGAACUGGUAAAACCUUAGGAAAAUUUGUACCGAUGAAUGUCCCCAUCCACUAAGCACUUAAACAAUUGUCCCUAAAAAGGGAGAUUUAAUCUUUUGCUUUCCAGUCAGGUAGGUCUCCACAAUAAAUAUGCCCACGCUAUCUAUUUAACUAUAGCACAAGAAGAAUUUUACAGAAUUUUACUUCAGUAGGUUAAAGUGUUUUACUGCUAUAAGGUUAAGGGGAAGGAAAUCUUCCUCACAGAGAAGAAAUUUGUCAUAGAAAAGCAAGCCCUAAAAACUUGAUUUCAGCAUUUAAAAACUCACUAAUACAUAACAAUAAGAAGCCAGCCAAUCUAAAAAUACAUCUUUCUUUAAUGUAACCCUCAUGGGGAAAGUACCUAAAAUGGUCCACCUGUAAAUGCUGGAUUAGCGGAGCGUUAUGAACCGUGACAAGGGAUUUAGAAAACACCAUCACACACCACCACUGCUUCCCCCCCAUGACGCACAAAAGCAUAAAAUGCUUAGGGAAGGAGCCACUAACAAAGGGGGGUGUGGGUGGAGAGGGAGGGAAGGAAAGGAGGAGUUCAUUAUUUUAUAAGCUAUGCUUGCUCCCUCCCCUACUUAAAAUAAAUAAAUAAAUAAAUAAAAGAGUUGCUAGUUGCUGAUGUCAUCAAAGUGCUAACAUUAAUCACUCACAGCAUCACUGGUACAGGCACAAGAGCAUAUAACAGAGAUGUUCAGGCAGUACACUGUCCAAGGAGAGGCAAGCAAGAGAGGGGGGAAAAGACAUUUUUCUCCUGUAUGUUCUUUGAAAAGCAAGGCAACAGCAUCUUUAGACAAGAUGUGCUCUUGCAUGAAUUUAAGUGGAAGAGACAAAGAAACCAUGCUACCAGCAGCACCGCAGAAAAAAAACUGAAAGCACGAAGCAAUGAGCAUUCAGUCCAGGGAAUCCGAGGGGAAGAAAAAGCUAACUGGCAAGCAGAGAUCAGGCAGGAAAUAACUCAUGUGAAAAGGGAUACAGAGAACUUAGUGUUUAUAUCAUUUCCACAGCAGCAACACCGUAUGAAAAUUCUAUUCUGAAAUUUCCAUCAGGAAGUGACGAGCACUACGAUUAAGAUCCUCACGACAUCCCCAGUGCUGCAGCUUCUCAAGUCACCUCCCUGGGAAAUAAACAUCUUCCCUUUCCACAGCAAGGUCAGCACCAGGCAAGAAAAAAGCCCACCCCAGCAACAUCCCAAUGGGAAUAACCGUCCAAAACAUCACAGGAAACACAGCGAUGGUGAUUUGGCCAAAAAUGGCCGGUUGUGUCGACAGCUUUUAUAGCAUCAUGUACCACCCUAACUGGAACAGCAUGCUAUCCAGUUACUCAAGAAAGAGCUUUCAGAAGGAAGAGAGGGUGCCCACCAGUCUCUCCUCCUAUGUUGUUGAAAACCUAACUCCACUAACAACAUACAUUGUGUGUGUGACCUGCCAGUCCGCAAACCCCUCCAGUGACCAAUGCAGAGUUUUUAACACGCUGGAACAAGACCCGGCAUCUGCGAGCAACACCAAGAAAGAGCUGGCACUGGGCAUCUGGCUCACCAGCAGCAUCCUGCUCCUCAUCAUCGCUGCAAUCCUCCUCUAUGGCUGCCUGCACCUCCUGUGCCGCAGGAGACAGGAGUGCUUGCAAGGGCGAAACAGGACCUCCAAACAAGACCACAGGAAGGUGUGGACCAGAAGUGCAGCAUAUGACCCAGAGGAGCUCAGCCGGCAGAGCCAACUGAUGCAGGACAUUGAGGAAAAGCAUCCAGGUGGCAUCCAGCUGGCCACAAUCAUAGGGAAUCCCUCAGCGUGCAAGGAGCCCAUCACAGCAGCUUCCAAAAGCUGGGAACAAGUGCCAGCGACAGGACAGUGCUCUGCUACAAAUUAAGAGACCUUUUGUCAGGGAGAUUUUAACUACAUACAACAUUCCAACUGCUUCAAAUGCAUCACGUGCACAGCUGGCACUCACAACGGGGAGCUCCAACCGCUCACUGCACUCCUGGCUGCCCCUCUGGUGUCACGUCCCUUUCCAACAGCCUAUACGCAGCCAGAGGUACUCGGAGGCAAAGGUUCAGAUUCCCAAGAAAUGAGCACUCCAUUACUCAAAAAUGAAGCAUGGAGCAGACAACUGGUUUACAUGUCAAGGUGAUUUUUUGGUUGCUUUUCUUUAGCCUGAAACAGCAAACAAAUAUAAAAAAGAAUCACAAGUGACCAAGAAACUUUUUUUUUUUUUUUUAACUAGCAUAAAUAAAACUGAGUAGAAGUUUUCAGACCACAACCCAGGCUGCUGUGCCACAGGCAAGUGGAACAUACACCCCGAGUGCAGUGGUUUGCCAGCGUGACUUUUACCCCCACAAUCCCAACUGCUUCUCAGACUACACACGGCAAACUACCACACUCAGACCACACACUUUGCCGACCACGGUGCUCUCCCAUAGCUCCCAUCUGAAUGAGGUCAGUCUCAGCAUGUAAGCUAAACUCACCAGGAUUUUAAGAGUAUCUUCCUCUAUCUUUGAAAUUUUGCCUGUCUAAAACAUAAGCAAGAUAGUGACUCUGUAAGGACACUUCCAACGAAACUAAGUAAAUACCCUCGGCUACCGUAUUUCGCACACUUCUGCGCCCACCACCAGCCACCUUCUGCGCCACUCCCUGAAGAAGAAAUGGAGUUCAGAGCAACAACUCCUGGCUCUUCCUUUUCUCUUUCCAUUUCAAUUCUAAUGAUAAAACACAUUCACCAGCUGCAAAUUUCUAUACAGCCACAUAGUACAUUUUGUGUAAUGAAGGGGCAAGGAAGUAAAACAUGCCAAAACAUGUUUUAUUUUUGUAACAAGAAAAUCUGCCGAUCAUCACGCUCUGCCUCGAGCUUCAUGGGGCAAAGUGCCAAGAAGGACCCACUGGACAGAAAUCUGUUCACCCUCACAACAUGGCAAGUCUUGCCUGGCUUACGUGUAGAAGUCACCCUGUUUUAAAUCUCUUAAGUGCAUUUGCAUUCCAUAAAAACAUAUUAAAUCUUAGUAUUGCUGUAUAGUAAGGUAUGUCUAAAAAACAAAAAUACACUGUGACUGCAGGCAUUUUAAACUGGCAUUGAUAUGAACAUAUGUGUAAAGUCAGCUCUUGUUGACACUGCCUGGUUGUACCAGUAAAGGCUGGAGAACUGCUAGCUGGGCAGCUGCCAUCCCUUCCCACCGUGCCCUGGAAGCCAAGGGGUUGUAAAAUUUUGGCGAGAGAAUGCCUGCUGAACAUUUCACAGCAGGCAGCGAGUCUUUUCAGCUACUGUAUUUUGACAACAUUUCCCACAACUUGUGAAAGAUACCGACUCUCGUGCUGCUAGGAAGACACCAGCUGGCUAAGGUCGAUGCAUCUUCUUUACUUCUUUUCUACUAGGAUAGGUAGGAUAGACAGGAACGCGCACUGAAUGGAGGCGAGUAUUACUUUUAGAAAACACUUCAAAAGGUGUCUUUAUUGUGGUGUUAGCAAUAAUGUGUUCUCCACCUCCUACAUAGCAUUUCUUCCAGCUGACAUGUUUUUCUUUGUCUUACACAUCAGUCUUAAAUAAACUGUGAUGAUGACAAGUUUACUGCUGUUUUAAAUGAAGGCAUUUCAUGAAACAGACACAGAAAAACUAUCUUCAGAGCAUGAAGCCAACACUACAGGUGCAUUACCAAAAAGAGGCAGCUGGGUAGCAGGGACAGAAAAAAAUGCUUUAAAAUGAUCUUGUAAUCAAAUUAACAGUAACACUUCUCUCACUAGGAUUUCAUCAAAGAGAAAAAAAAUAUUUUAAAGGGAUGGAGCCAAAAGACAUAUAUUCUCAUCUCUGCCUGUGUCUGGGGCCCUUGAAAACCUUUUUAUUUCUCGGCAUCUCUGUUUCUUUAUUUGGGUUUUAAGGGAGUCCAACACAUGUUUUUAUAUGUUAUACACACAUGUAUAUACUAUACCAAGAACAAGGAGCAGUUCAGUCUUGAAGCAGUGUUGAGGCAAUUCACCUACUGAAUUGUGUUAUUUAUACACAAACACAUAUAUACAAAAAGACAUAUGUAUAUAUCAGAUUGAGAAGGCAAGGAGCUACUAUGGAAGUGCUCCCAGAAUGGGAUUUCUCUCACCUAAAUAUGAAAUCGUUUCACCCAAGGAGUUUACCGUGUACUACUUAGACAAACAUUCAUAACACCCCACGAGCAACAGACCAUCUCAACUGUUGCAAAUGAGCAACGCAUAAGGAAUGCCAUCUGACUUCUGCACUAGCAUUGAAGAACUCGUGUCCCCACACACUCACAGAGCUACACAACUCUUCAACUCUUGGUCAGAAAGUUUUAUUACACAUUUGUUCAGGUUGAUUCUGGCAAUUCUGUGUUUUAGUAGUUCACUGUCCAGUUUUAACAGUGAUCUAGUAAGUGGCAAGCGUUCUAAGAGAUUACUAAACUGGUAACAAGAUGCAACACAGUGCAAAUUGGUUUCAAUUUGGGCACCAGCAAUAGAUAAAAAACAUUAUAUUCAUACAGAGAAGUAUUUUCCAAAAGGGGUCCUUUUUCACAAAACAAAUGAGUUAGCAUCUAAAACACGUGGAAGACAUACAAGAAUUAAAAUCUCUGGAAAAUGUUGUAUAAGCCAGAAAGGAAGCUCUUAAAAUUCUGUUCUACACAACCUCUAUAAAACCAGGUAUUUCAUCAACAUGUAAAUUUAGUAUCAAAUCCCCAGAAAAGACUCUUUAGUAUAUAGUAUACUAUAUACUAAAUACACUAUAAAGUAUUUUAUGCAUCCAGCCCAUGUUGCCAAAUGUCAAUCUGCUAACGUUCAUUUUAUUAAGCUCACACACUUCACCUGAGUAAGGGGAUCUCAACGACCACGCUCAAUGAGUUUUUAAAAUACUGCAGCUCACUUAAAAGGCUGCUGAACUUUUGCAGGUUGGCUUCUUCCCACCUGACAGCUUUGCUCCCAUGUCAGACAGGAGAACUAAGUUGUAUCUGUGGGCUUCUGUUUUGUUAAUUGGAUGAAGAUACCACUCAGAAAACUUUAGACGCAACAAAGAAUGUGGACACACCUGUAUAUGCUAAGCAUCCAUACAUAAAUAUAGGUCAAAUGCUUUGAUCCAUUUAGAAAUAUGUGAACACUCUGAGAUCAAAACUAAACUUUUCUUUAAUUACUCUUAAGCAAGCACAUUGCUUGUGCAAAGCUUCUGCACAUGAAGUAUUUCACCACUACAGUCCAAUACAUGUAUGUAUGAGUGUACAAAUGCACAAGAAACCACAAUGCUCUUGUCUUGACCUAAAUAAACACCACGCAUUGCUAAAAAAAAAAAACAAAAAAAAAAAAACCCAAAAACAAAUCACAAAGAACCCAACCUCCCAAACCCCACCAAAAAGCUCAAAACUAACCACCACCACCAAAGUCCAAUAAGCAAAAUAAAAAGUCAUAUCCUUUGGCUAUAUGAUCAAUGUGAAGUGCUCACCUGAAUAUCUUCAGUUGUUCAAGAACUCAAAAAAGACAAUGAAAUAAAAAAUACAUAGCUACUCCAUACUUCACUAUUAUCCAGGAGGCAAUUCAACGAUACAACCAUUAAAGGACCCAAACAGGGAUACGCUCUGUGACAAGCCUAGCUAUAUAGUACACAGAAUAACAGAAUGCAAUUAUAUCACAUGAUAGAAUGUGUAGCCUCUAUCAUAAAAGAAUUCCUAUCUGUUUGUUACUUGCUAUGUACAGUAGAAAUAUCCCGCUGAAAUUCUAUUCAAAUAUCCUCAAUUCCAAAAUACAUUAGAUUCAAUAAUAAAACCAUACUCCUUUAAAAAUUUAAAACUAGUCAUAUUUGCUAAUAUCUGCAUAUCUGGUUAUGAUAUCUAGUUAUGAAACUUGCUCCAGAAAUGCAUCUAAGAAUCCUCUUGAUUGCUCCUGCUCCUAUAGAAAAAUAAUCAGAUUUCUGAAAAUGUAUAGCGCUCAGAGUAAAGAUUACUAAACUCAUUUUAAUAAUGUAACCUGACUGAUAAAAAAAAAAAGGGUUCCCCAGUUAAUCCACUGUCACCCACCCCACUGUAUCAUCAUUUAGAUAAAUUAAGUUAGCAAUCUCUACUAAAUUUGGGGGAGGGGUUGCUCUUUAGACCGCAUCUGGCGAAUUCCUAAAAUAGUAAGGAGCACAAUAACUCUAAUGUAAGAAAAUCCCACUUUCCUAUAAUUUACUUUUCCUGUUGGAAGUACAAUUAUAUAAAAAUAUUCAUAGUACCAGACAAUCAGCUGUUACAUUCCACAUUAAAGACACAUGAACCUUUUUCCACCUUCUUUACAUUUCAAAAGCAUGAAAGUUUUACAAAUGCAGCAGAUAUAUUAGGACUGAAAUUUGUAACUCCUGAGCUAUCUCUUCAGUUCUCAAAACCUAGCUGGCUGGGCAAACCACUACACAAAGAUUGCACCGUAUAACUAGGAUAUGAUGUGCAGAAAAUAAUAGUAAGAGAAGGACUAAUUAUGCUCAUGUUUAAGGAGGAGCUAGAUAAUGAAAGUAGCUAGACAUGAAAAUGACACAGCGCACUUGUAUAAUCUACAAGGAUAAUUGAGUACAUAACUGCAAAAGUUUUUUUUAGCCAACAACCUAUAAUUUGGUCCUUGUAUUUUUAUUGAUCUUUUCCAUACUUUCAUUUUGCCUCCCUGAUACGCAAAAAGACAACGCAAAAUUAAGAGUGACAUCCUGUUAAAUAUUCUCAACCGAUUUGCUGAAGAUAGCACUGCUGGUUUUUACUGCUGUUGGAAGCAGAUCAGUAUUUUUCACUGGAUAUUAAAGAUGCAGAUAUAUGUUCAUGUGCUAUGCCUUUAACUGUCAUUAAGACUCAGGUCGUAAUUCUGAAGUGUAAUUAAAUAAAUGUGCAGGGAUCAGGGAGAAUAAAUCUAUCCCUCCAACAUACGAUACUGCACACAUGAGCACAGCAUCUCAUCCUCUAAAUACAGGCCAACAUUCCUCACUUGGGUAGCUCCAUGAAAGCCCAUGACUAUCGUCUUGCACCAAGCACUGUCUCAACUUGUCACCCACGUAAGCUCUUUUCCAACCUCAGCAUUGGGCAUUGCCUUAAGGCAUAGAGUACACUACUGCGUACCAUGUACAGCUCUACUGAAAACUUGCAUAAACCUUCUAGACACUCGUAAUCUGCAACAUAAGAAAGACGACGCUAAGACAAGAGUUGAGAUGGCCAGAGGGCCAAGUUCAUCACAACUUUAAGGUCCUUGGGUUGAAAAUGCUAAAGAAAUGUUACACUUUAAAAAAAAUUAAGCAGUUUCGUAUCUGAUAGUUUAGGAUGGUCAGAAUUCAUAUUCCUUUUAAGGCAAACAACAUCUGAAGCAGUUUUUCCUAUCUGUUCCCUUUUCUCCUGCUGUCACAGUCUUUAUUGCUGUAACAAGGGAGCAGCUGCACCCAAGAUGGGCUCUUGUUCUCACUUCACCAGAUGACUAAUUAAUUUUUUCUUUGAGUCUGCUCUGCCACUAUAAGCAACUGCGCAAUGCAGGUGGUUGAGAGAAGGACUUAUUUUUAGCUGUGUCAGAUAAGACUAACCAUCCAACUAAUCACUUGCACUUUGGCUGAAACAUAUGGCAAGCUUCACAGCAAAGUCUGAAAAAUAGGUGUAAGUUGAA